AUGCCAUACCUUCCACGCGUGCCCGCCUUCCCCAUCGCGGGCGAAAGGAGCAUCAUCACAGCCGCUGGUGUAGCCCUCAAGAUCCCCGCCAAAGAAAGAGCUUCUCCGCUCAUCGGUCACCUGGCACCCGAAAUCUACGCCAAAGAUCACCUCGGCCGCGACGUCUCGCUCCACGCUACCAUCCAGCUUGGUCGGCCCAUCGUGCUCUACUUUUUCCCGCUCGCCGGUUCGCCCCACUGCACAAAGGAGAGCUGUUCGUUCCGCGACGCCGUCGGCACUUCGCCGAUCUUUAACGAUCUCAACGCGGUCGUUAUUGGCAUUUCUCAGGACCCGCCUACUCGCUCCAAGAGGUUCGUCGAUGAGCAUCAUUUGGGCUUCCGGAUCCUGCACGACUCUGAUCGUCAGAUCAUGGAUGCAUGGGGGGUGGGCAGGGGGUUGCUCGGCUUGAUCGAUGGAAGAUGUACCUUUGUCAUUGAUCAUGACGGCAUUGUCAGGGCCAUGCUGGAUGGCGUUUGGGAUUAUAAAGGCCACCGUGAUUUUGCCGAAAAGUGGCUCUGCCGCAUCGAACACGAGCUGUCGGGUCGAGAGCGCUUCUAUGUUGAACACGAGGCAGACGACUCGGCAGCUUGCGACGAGAUCUCCCGCAACAUCAAGGUCGUGUAUGGAGACGCUGUCCCCGGCCGCGGCAUCGCUACCGCUCCUCGUCACGGCGCUGCACCGACGGCGACAAAGCUCAAAGGCAGGCUGUUCCUGGAUCCGACUAGGCCUGAAUCUAUAUCGCUAGCCGCCGAAGCUCACGGAUCCGGCUCAACAGCGCGUCCCAAGUCUUCUCGACGCAACCUCAAGAACUGGUUGCGGCCCUCGGAACCUUCCAGCAACGUGUACGACGAGCCAUUGCACGUCGACUACAGGCACUCCACCGGUGUGCGAUCCGCCGACAGGGUCGCUGCGCGAGUCCAGUCAAUGCGCUUGGACGAGUCCUCCUCGUCCUCGUCUGACCAAGCCGGGGUCGUCGCGCGCGACUUCGCCGAAGCUAGUCAGCUGACACGAAACGGCUCCGGGUCAGGUUCGGGCUGGGCAACGCCUUCGACCAUUUCGGCCCGUUCUGUCUCGACGGGCGAGACGAGCCAUACAUCGCCAGGCCCCGAGCCGCACGCCCACAAGCUUGCUGCAGCCAUUCACAUCGGGGUUGGCGCCGGCGCCCACCAUGCCGAGCUCGAGCGGUCCGGGUCGCCUUCGCGCCGUGCAGGCGCGCUCGUGAACGGUCUUGGUAUUGGUGCUGCACAGGGCGCGUUGCCGAAAGCGCGGUCCAGCUCAUUGAUCAACAAGAGGGCGUCAUCGGCGGACAGCGCUGCUGCUGCUCCUGGUGGAGAGGCGUCUACGGAUGCUGCGGCAGGUGGAAAGGGCGGCGGGGAGGCGAACGGGGGUGCUACAGUCUAUGCGAAUGGCAACAUUGCCAGGAUGCCGCUGCUGCCGCCGAUGAAUGAGGAAGCCAGCAAUGAUACCACGCUCAAGGUUCGGGACAGGAGAAGCCGGAUCGGUCUCAGGACGGGGGAUGUGUCGACCGAUUCGACGUAUUCGUCGAAUGGUGUGGGCUCACUGCCUGUUCCUCCCAGGCCGUCUACGAGAAAUGGUGCUACUGGCGGUGUUGUACCUACAGCGGCGGCGUCGGGGGGAUCUGCAGGGCAUGACGGUGGGGAUGGGAAUGCAGAUGGGUACGACACGGAUCGUGGGCAGCGGAGGAGGGAUGCCUCGACCGCGUCGUCCUCGGCGGCUGGCAGCGGAGAGAGUGCGCCUGCACCGUUGUCCAAUGCGACAGCCACACCGCUUCCGGCGCAGCCCGCUCCACCAUCCGCACGACCAACGCAUUCGGCAUCGAACACACCGUCAACAUCGCCCUCGAUGUCGUUUGCCAACUGGGCUUCGCCCUCAGCACGCGCAUUCCGAGCAGCAAACGGCUACCCGUCUCCGUCGCCUUCGUUCGGCGGCGUGCACAACGGGGUUUUCGCCAUCACGAACGCCGGUGCGAUAGCCAUGGGCGAGGGCAUGGCGGGCGUGGCGGGCCUGGACCGCAGGCUGUCCAACACGCCUUCUCUGGCGAACUCAAUGGUCUCGUACGAUUUCUCGGCGCACAGCGAGUACGACUACUCGCCCUCGCUCGCCGAGUCUACACAUACGUUUGGCGGCGUGGAAGAUUAA